ACCCCUUCCUACCGAGCGGAUUGUGGCACCUUCACCCGUCAAGCUCGGCACAUUGUGGCACCACAGGUGGGUCUGAAUGCCAUGGUGUCCGCCCUGGGCGGCCUAAAGGCUCCAUGGGAGGUGUCAGCCACGCAGAAGUUUACACCGCGACUGAGCCAUCCACCAGAGACCCACAGGCCCUUCUCAGUUGGGCGUUCACGAGCGCAGAACAUGCUGGCCGUGGCUCUAGCCACUCAGGAUGAUCAGGCCAAAGUUCGUCGACUCGAGCAGGCGUUGGAGACACCCUGCGUGCGCUACGAGCGCGCCCAGACGCCACGGCUGAUGCAGGUGGCGCGUGAUGCCACUGUGCUCAGGGGAGAACUCACCAGAAAGGAUCGCAAAAAGGCUUGGCAAGACAAGCAAGAGAAGGAAAAGAAGGAAGAGAAAGAAGAGAAAGAAGAAAGAAAAAAAAAGUCGGAGGCGCAUGAGAACCCGAAGCCUCCGCCCAGUCCAGAGGACUUGUUGAAGGAAGAGGAGGCCGCAGCACUUCGCAUCCAAAGUCUCUACCGCGGUCAGAAGGAUCGCCAGACCGUGAAAGCUAUGGCGGCGCAGGAAGCACAGGCGGCCACCAGGAUUCAGAGCAUCUACCGGGGUCAGGUGGAAGAGCCAGGCCGGGACCUUGCCGGGAACGGCCCCAUCAGAGUGGUCGUGUUGAGCCCUCAAGCGCGUGAGUGGGAGGAGUUUCGGUGUUCAGCCGUGUUUCUUCGUGACUCAGUAAAUCAGGGUGCCACCAACAAGGCAUACAUGAUGCACAAAGACCUGCUGUUUCGUCGCCUUGGAGGAGAUGGGUUCUCCAAGCUGCUGGACGAAGCUGAGGUCAUCACCAAGAAAUUUCAAGCUCGGAUCAAAAAAGCCCGUGGCUUUUUCCAGACAAGCAACGGCAUCAUUUGGUAUGUGAACCCUGAGGGUGAGGUCAAAGGUUUGACAUCCGAUGGCAAUAAGAUUCGCGAUCGCAUCCAGGUCACUGACGAUGAUGCAUUGCAAAUUGGGCCCUUUCGUUUGGACGAAGACCGGCCCUGCAGCUGUAUCCACUGGAUACGGAAGGACGAUCCAGAAAAAACCUGGAACUGGUCAAGGGACAACACCUUGAGAAGCCGGGUGCGCUUAGGCACUGGUGAAAGAGCUUAG